AAAACCAGAAAGCAUUCCAAUUCAUUUCAAUGCCCAUUUUAGGGGUUUCAAAGAGCUUUAACAUUCAUUGUGCCCUACUCUCAAGAUUGUACAUGAUUUGUGAUUAAGUAUGUAGGCAGGUGUUGGUGAUGAAUUUAAGUGAAAUGAGAGAUACAGUUCAGUAGUUUAUAAUUAAGCAUGUGCCUGAGCUGGACACCCUCGGUGUUUGGGGAUGUUUGGACCAAAAGCUGAAUUCUGUAGCAUGGACAUGUUUAUGCUUCUAUCAGAUGCACCCUUUUUAUGGACAAUGCAUGCACAGUACAGUGGGUUCAAUGUAUUGCUUCAAAUGCUUCAGCAUUCUAUUUUUUAUAUGAGUUAACUAAGACUUUUGAAGAACCUAACACAUGUUCAGUUGAUGUUUUACAAAAACAUCUCCCUUUUUAAAGUCGUCUUCACUUGUACAGUCACUGAGGAAAAGCUAGAAUUAUUUCUGAUUUACCAAUCCACAAUUAAAUCCCUCUAUGUCAAGUGAAUUUUUUCCCAAUUCUGGUUCAUACAAGCUCUUAGUGACACAAACAAGCCAGAUCUAUGUACGGUCACAACAAACCAAACCCACAACAUAAGUCAGCCAGUCUCUGCUGAACAUCACCACCCUGGUGCAUUUUUCCAUCUUUACCUUUCAUUGGGAAGCAAACUGACUAGUGUGUUCUGUCUCAAAUAGUUCUUGUCAACACUCCAACGAUUCUUGGGGUUUUGGAAAUGUCGUCCCUUCUUUCCUGUAAGAGGUGUGUGGAUAAUAGUGAAGAGCAGAUGCUGCUGAUAGAAGAAAGGCCUGAUUUGAUUCAUUCUCUGGAUCCUAGGAGGUGUUACAGCAGCAAGCGAGAUGGCUUAGCAAACUCUAAUUGCAGAAAGGAGGAGAGAGAAUGUCAAGCACCCCACGAGAGUUUGGAUUAUUUACCUUCACACAGCAGAGUUUACAAGAAGUGGCUACAGGAGAAAACGUACAGAACUGACUGGGAUCGAUGGAUGUUGAUGGGGCUAAUUGGAAUAGGAGUAGGAAUGCUGGGAUUCCUGACACAUCAGAUAAUUGACUAUCUCAUCAAACUAAAAUGGGAACUGGUGAAAAAUUACCUCCAGAACGGCAACUUCCACAUGACCUGGAUUUGCAUACUUGGGUCAGGACUGGCCAUGAUUGUUGUAUCUUCAGGGCUAGUGGUGUUCUUUUGCCCAGCAGGUGCACCGUAUGGGCUUCCAGAAGUCAUUGGGUUUCUGAAUGGUGCUUCUAUUCUACACAUUUUUAAUGUCAAGACUUUUUUGGGGACGUUUGUUUCUUGUGUGCUGGCUGUGGCGUCUGGGCUCUUCUGUGGACCGGAAGGCCCUAUGAUUCACUUAGGGGCAAUAAUAGGGUGUGGCCUGACCCAGUUCAAGUCAGACAUCCUCGGAAUUCAGCUGCCCUUCUUCACCAGGUUUUGGAAUUCAGCUGAUAAGAGGAAUUUCAUUACAGCUGGUGCAGGAGCAGGAAUAGCCUCGGUAUUCCGUGCUCCUGUGGGUGGACUCUUGUUCACAUUGGAAGAGGUGGCCUCUUUCUGGGACAUCAGACUGGCCUGGCAAACUUUCUUCUGCUGCUUGAUGGCUGCCUUCACUACGGAUUUACUCUCUUCAUCUCUUUCUGGGUUUGUUUACAGAGGUCAUUUUGGAUUUUUCAAAGCAGAGAAAAGAAUUUUAUUUUGGGUUAAAAACUUGCUGGAUAUGAGUGUCUUGGCCUUCGUUCCAACCAUUUUCCUUGGAAUACUUGGAGGACUUUUUGGAGCUCUCUUUGUUUCCCUAAAUAUAAAGAUUAAUAAAUUACGUGAGCGUUUCUUUAGCUCAAUUCAAAAAACAUCCCUCAGAAAAACAAGCAAGCUCUUGGAAUCUGUGCUGGUUCUUGUGUGUACCAUCACUGUUACAGUCUACUUGCCAUAUUUCUUUUCUUGCACUCCAGUCAUGAGUCUGAGAACUUUGCAGCUGAAGAACAGUUCAGAAAUCAUAAGCCCAUUUGAGAGAGAAAUUUCGGAAUAUAGUUGUCCAUCAGGCACAGUGUGGAUAGGACCAGAUGGAGUCAAAUAUUCCAAUCAAACCUUUAAUGAAGCAGCUGCACUCCUAGCUGAGAACGGUAAGCGAGGAAUCAUGUACUUGUUCAGACGUGGGACGCAUGAAGAGUUUGGAUAUCUCUCUCUCAUUACAGCUCUGGCAUUUUAUUUCCUUCUCUCUUGCUGGACUGCGGGUUCUGCUGUUGCUAGUGGCCUGGUUAUACCCAUGUUGUACACAGGAGCUUUAUAUGGCAGGAUAGUUGGCCUGAUACUUGUGUCCAUUUUUGGUGUUCAGACCAAUGAACAAGGGGCAUGGAUUGAUCCGGGACUCUUUGCUGCUGUUGGAGCUGCUUCUUUUUUCAGCGGUGUGUCAAGACUAACCAUCUCCCUCACAGUUAUCAUGGUAGAGAUCACAAACGAUGUACAGUCCUUGCUACUUGUGAUGCUGGCUGUCAUGGUGGCCAAGAUGGUCGGUGACUGGUUUAACAUGUCCCUGUAUAGCUCCUUACUGAAGUUGAAAGGCAUUCCUUACUUAGACUCUGAACCUCUUGCUAGCCACAGGAAAAAAAGGUUAAACCUGGAAUUGUUUUUUGCCAGCGAUGUCAUGAAGCCUUGUGUUAGAGUCCUCCACUUGAGGGAAAACAUUGCCUCACUGGCUCAGCUUCUUGCUAGCACUAGCCACGGUGGAUUCCCAGUGGUUUACAAACCCAAGCCAGACCAAGUAGAGGUGUUCCUAGGUACUAUUACAAGGUUAGAACUAUGCAUGCUGCUGGAACAUGAAGCCAUCUUUGAAACAGAGACUAACCACGAUUCUCUUUCCUGCUGUCCUUUUCUCCUCUACCAGAAGAUAACGGUGGAGAAGUUGCCUGAUCCACCACAGAUGACCACGCUGCUGAAUCGCUACAGUACAGAUCCUCAGUAUCAGCAACUCUUCAUCAAUCUGGAGCCGUACAUAAACAAAUCAGCGGUGUCGGUUCAGGCUCAUUUCUCUCUGCAACGCACAUAUAUCAUCUUUCGGACCUUGGGGCUUCGCCACCUGACAGUUGUUGACCUACAGAACCGAGUUGUUGGGAUAAUAACCAGGAAAGAUCUGAUGUCUUUCCAGCUGGAGGAGAGGCUGGCGCGUCAACUGGCAUCGCAGAAACAUGACUCAGAUGAGCAGCCCUUAGAUUAGGAAAAGAGAACAGAACUGUGAAUGUUUCAUUUCUUAAGCUUUGUCACUUUAAUUUUUUCUGCAUUUUUCUUAGGUAAAGGAAAAAAUGGAUAUAACUGUGCUGUUAGAUUCCUUUAGGGCAGGGAAGUUCAAAAGGCAUCCUACCUGGGCCCUUAAAUGUAUCCUACCACUAGCUCCCUUGAACCAUAGGAUGAUGGCAAAGUUCAUUGACUGCAGAUUUGACAGGGCACUGGGUGAGAUGGACCAUUGGUCUGACCCAGUAUGGCUGUUCUUAUGUAUGUUCUUAUAUUUUUAAGGCUUGUGAACUAAAUCAGGAAUUUUCUACUCAUCUACCAUGGAAGGCAGAAGUACAAGCAGAUAUGAAGGUUGAGGUUAAAAUGUCCAAAAGCAUCUAUUUUCAAACGUGACAUAGUCAUUUAGCAGCCUAAGUCCUGCUGAUUUUCAUUGAGACUUAUUUCAGAG